AUGUCCCUAGACCUCUCGUUUCUAGGUCUGGCGGCCGAUGGUAGCGCAAACCAGGCACCACUACAGCACAUACCCUCACCCAAGCCUCCAAACGCGGCGAAAAAGAAGCGCAAAGAGCCCGCUGAGCAGCGUUCCUCUUCGCAGGAGGCCAGAAUACGGACACCAACAACAGGUACCAGGGUGACUUCUCGACGAGAUUUCCGAUGCACGAUGUGUGAUCGUGCCUUCGCCCGGGUCGAACACUUGACCAGGCACGAACGUGCUCAUAGCAACGAGAAGCCCUUUGAGUGUCGAUUUUGCAACUAUCGGUUUUCCCGCAAAGACUCGGCCCGAGUCCACCUCAAGCGAUAUCAUAAGGAACAUAUUCCGCCUGAUGGCGAGUUUCCCGCGUCCGAUAUCUUGAAGAUACAGACAACUGUCGCAGUCAUCCCGGAAAGCCAGUCAUCUGAUAUUACUCUGAAUGAUGUGACCAAAGAGCAGCCUGGACCUGAAACGAUCCCUGGUUCUUCUGACAGCCAUGCGCCGUUUGGGAGCAAACACAUCGACACUUUUACAACGGCGCAGUGGACAUUUCCUUUCGAGUUCAAUGGAUUAUACGACAACUUUGAUUGGCAACAGAGCCUCACAGUUCAAGAUCUUGAAUUUACGUUGCCGGCUACCAAUUCUGCAGCUAUCGAUACACUGGGCAGGCCAAUUACCAAUAGUUCCCACAGGGCGAUCGACGAAGCUGCUGCACCCAAAAUGCCAAGGCCUGGAAUAACAAUAUUGGAUCCAUUACCUUUGAACGCCAGCGAGAUUCACCUCUCCGGACCUGUACGAAGGGAAUGGUUUGAGAUUACUGAGGCUAAGAGGAUGGAUCUGGUGGAAGCGAUAAGCAACGCGAAGAUGGAAACGAUAUGCCGUCAUGUCUGGCAUUUGGGCGAUAUAUAUUGCGACCUUUCUCGAGGCCGUGCUGCCAAGCAUUCCCUGCAUCCAUGCCCCUACGUGGCACGCAAACCAACAGCCCUGGGCUUUGUUACUUGCUAUAGCCACCAUAGGCGCGACCUGCUGCGGAAAUGUGGACACAGGUUCAUCCUAUAUCAGGCCGCCCGUCAGCUGCUCUUCAAUCAUGCUUCUCUAACGUUCAAGAUUGAGCACUGCGGUUUGCAGCAGGAGGAACAGCCUAUAUGGGUGACUCAAACCCUGUUGUUUGUCAUGAUCUUUGGGGCUUGGAGUGGCAAAUCCGCUACUCUUCACGAAACGGUGACAAGUCAGUCACUUCUCGCCAGCCUUGUUCGGUCCGUUUCAUCCCUUGACGAAGCCCUCGGUCGCCACAACCCAAACCAAGAGCCGUUGUGGGAAUCCUGGGUCGCAGCCGAAACCAUCAUUCGGUAAGGUGUCGCCAGCUUGUUCGUGAGCGUGCCUCGAUUGUCACUGACCAACAUGGGACGAAACUUUCAGUCUUCAUCUUCUUCAGCCAAUUGAACCUAGCUUUGAGCAUGCCAUACGUUCUCCUCAAUAGCGAAAUGGACAUCGACUUGCCCUGUGCGGAAGAACAGUGG